CUUGCCGACGCGUCGAUGCGAUGUAGUCGACGCGUCGGCGCGAGGUAUGCCAAAUCGAAGCGGCUUCCACAUUCUGGCCACCACCAUGAAAAUCCGAUCCAGAUGUUGCAGAAAGGGCCCUGGGCAUAUGUCCUUCUGCUAAAGACCUCCGGUUCUCGUGUGCGGAAGGACAGCUCAGCGGUAUCAGCAUCAGCAUCUCCGCGGCCAUGGCAGAAGCAGAGUUUCAGUUCCGCAGUGCCUUGGAGGACUAUGAGAGCAAGAACUAUAAAAAGGCCCUCGUCGGGGUCGACAGGAUUUUGAAGAAGAACCCAAUGCACAGCCAGACGUAUGCGUUGAAGGCGCUCAUCCUUGCGUUCUAUCAUCCGUCCAACCAGGCGAACAAGGAUGUGAAUGCCCUUGUGUCGCUCUCCAGCGCUACGAUGCAGGAGUGCGAUUCGUUGAUCAACACUGCGGUCAAGUACGGUCCGGCCAACUCGGUCUCGGCGCACUUGUCCGCGUUGUACUACCGCCAGAUCAAGAACUACGAGAAGGCAGCCCACUUCUACACCAUUACGAUCUCCAACAACCCGGGAAACAAGGCCGUGCUCAGAGAUCUUUCUUCGUGCUUGUCCCAGCUGCGCACGUACAAGUCGCUAGCGAAAACCCGCUUUGACUACCUCCAGGCUGAGCCGGGCUACCGGGCUAAUUACACUUCCACAGCAGUCGCGUACGAUCUCAACAAAGAUUAUGCGGGAGCCAUCAAGAUCUGCGACCAGGUCGAAGAUCUCAUCAAGGACAAGCUAAUUGACGACGACUUGGUUGAAAACUCCGAGUGCAUCAUCUACAAGGUCACCUUGCUUGUCAAACUUGGUGAAACAGAAAAAGCACAGGAGCUUAUCGACAGCGAGUUGCAGAGUACCAAAAAGUUCAGGUGUUUAGACGUCGAAGGCCUCUUGAACCUCAAGUACCACCUCUUAAUAAACCUCAAUAAGCUCAGCGAAGCUCAACUAGUCAUCAGAACCCUUCUCAAAAGAAACCCAGACAACAUUAUAUACUACAAAGACCUAGUCAAAUGCCUGAAGAUCGAAGAUGACGAUGAGCUUAAGGUAAAGCUUUUUGCCAAAUUGGCAAAGUUUUACCCUAAAUCCGACCUCCCACGUUUCUUACCGCUCACCUUCCUCAAAGGUGAGAAGUUUGCAUCUCAUUUGAAGCCUUACCUAGCCAGCUUGUUCAGACGCGGUGUGCCUUCUAUCUUUUCUAACAUCAAGCCCUUGUACAAAAAACACGCGAACCGGGCUGUGAUCUUGGAAACAGUCCAAUCUUUUGAAAAGGAAGAAAAGAACCCAUUGAUCCUUACCUGGAUUAAGUACUUCAUUUCCCAGCACUUUUACAAGUUGAAAGACUAUAAUACCGCUCUUGUCAAAAUUAACGAUGCCAUCAAGGUCACUCCAACCCUCAUCGAACUAUAUAUGUUCAAAGCAAGAAUCUUGAAACACCAAGGCAAAUUGAUAGAAGCCGCCACUGAAAUUAAUACUGCAAGAUCCAUGGACCUUCAGGAUAGGUUUGUCAAUAGUAAAACAGUCAAGUACUACUUGCGGGCUGAUCUCAUUGACGAGGCACUAGACACAGCUACGCUUUUCACCAAGAAUGAUGAUGAACCAACUGGUUUAAAAGAUUUGCAUAUGUUGCAAUGCUGUUGGUUCAUCGCCGAAUACGCAGAGUCUUUGACCAGACUUUUCAAAAAAAAACUUUCCCAAUUCAAAGAACUUAAAGAGAAGCCAAACGAGGAUGACACAGAAGCAGAAAAUAUCCACUUAAUUCAAAGACAGAUUGAGGCAUAUUUGGGACUUUCCCUACAGCGUUAUUUUUCUAUUUUCUCCAUUUACGCUGAGUACUACGAAGAUCAAUUUGACUUCCAUUUCUUUGCCUUCCGUAAAGGUACUGCACGGACAUAUCUUGAAAUGAUCAAGUGGGCCGACGAAUUAUACCAUCAAGCCUUUAUUGGUCGUGUUUAUUCCGAUUUGAUGUCAUUGAUCGCAUUUAGCGUUGAGAAUAGGACUGUUCUUGCUGAAGCUCUAGAUCUUACAGGCUUCAACAACGGGAAAAGGUCUAAGAAGGAGAAAAAAGAUGAGGUGAAGUGGAAGGAUCAUAUGAUCAAUUAUAACAAAGUCUAUGACUCAGAUGUAUUCGGCCAUGAACUUGUUGAAUCUAUUGUACAAAAGCAUGACUUCUCCAAGCUCGACAUUAUUGAAAAGAUCAUUGCUAGAAAGGAUGGUGAGCAUGGUAAGCCUGAAACCCUUGAUUUUUUGAGUGGUGAAUUCGAGUAUGAGUUUAUUUCAGGAAAGUAUGUCGUUGCAUUGGCCUCCAUAAGGAAGGUCAAAGCAUUGACUGUUCUCAAUAAUGAGGAGGGCGAAAAGGCAAAGGCUCUUUUUGCUGAUAUGAUUGCCCAGGUCAAUCGCUUUUUGGAAACCCCUAGUACGGAUCCAAAAAUUGCCUCUUUGCAAAAGGUUGUUAAACUUGGACUGACCAGAAUCUAGACAUUUCGUUUGUGUAUAAACAUAUAAAUGUUGUUCACAUACCUGUAUAAACAAGAAUUUUUUUUGC